AUGGUGGCUGCACUGUUGAACCACGGGGCAGUGGUGAACAAACCGUGCAUCCAGGGCUUCACGGCUCUGCAGGAGGCCGUGGUCCAGAACCAUGUGGAGAUCUGCGAGAUGUUGAUCUCAGCCGGAGCCAAAAUCAACACCGUAAACAUGUUCGGCAUCACACCUUUGUUCUCCGCAGCUCAGAAUGGAAGCAUGGACACUCUGCGCUUACUCAUUAAACACGGUGCAGACAUAAACACUCAGGCUCAUGAUGGGAACACGGCGCUGUAUGAAGCCGUUAAGAACCGUCAUGAGAAGGUGGUGGAGCUGCUGCUGUCCCAGAAAGCCGACACCAACACAACUGGAAAAUAUGGACUCCUGCCUCUGCACGUCGCUGCACAGAACGGCCACGAGGCGAUUACGUCACUGUUGAUCCCAAAGACCAGUCGGACUCGUGUGCGUCGUUGCGGCAUCAGUCCCCUACACUUAGCCGCCGAAAGGAACAGAGAUGAAGUUCUGGAGAUGCUCCUCGACGCAGGGUACGACGUGAACGCGCUGCUGAACGAUGAACGUAGCCAUCUGUAUGAAGACCGCCGCCGCUCUGUGCUCUACUUUAGCGUCGCUAAUGUGAACAUACACGCUGUGCGCCCUUUGCUGUCGCACGGAGCCAAGACCGACCUGGACACACUGCCCCCCCUGCUGGUGGCGGUGCGUCAGGGCGCGCUGCAGACCGUCAACCUGCUGCUGGAACACGGGGCCCAGGUGAACGUGAGCGUGCCGGGCCUCACCACCUCCUUCCCUCCUCUCAUCAUGUUCACAGCCCGUGAUCCACUGCUGCUCAAAGUCCUGCUGGACCACGGCCUGCAGGGGGCGCCGUGUUUCAGCUGCUCCUACGGCAACAGGCCACACCCACCACUCCGCAGCCGACCAGAGAACGACACACGCAUCAUGGAGUUCUGUGAGUUGGUGUCGUCCACAUCGGCAAGCAGGUGGGUGGGGCCUAUCGUGGACCUCCUAUUGGACUACGUGGGUCAUGUGACACUGUGCUCCCGCCUCCUGGAGCACUUGGACAGUUACUCAGAGUGGAGCCCCAUCAAGGACAAAGCAGUGCCUCCGCGGUCGCUCAUGCACCUGUGUCGGUUGAAGAUCCGCUCGCUGGUGCAAAGACAUCGGCUAAAACAUCUGCCGCUGCCUCCAACGCUGCUGCGAUUCAUCCUGCACCAGCUCCGAGGAGACCUGGACCCAGAGACCAUGGACUUACGCAACUACGAGAUCUACAUCUAG